CAUGAUCUGUCUCUCCCUGUCUCAAAAAAAAUAAAUAAAACGUUAAAAAAAAAACAAAACCCUGGCGUUCCCAAAAGUUGAAACCUCAUGACCUUUUCUGCACCAUUGCUUCCCCCUUCCACCUCCCCUCUCUGACCCGUCUCUUCGAAGAACGCCGCAGUCCUCAGCCCGCGAUUACGGUGUUCCUCCCCCUCCAGCCUUUGUUGGUGUUUUCCUGGGGCCGGGAGCUGCUCACCUCGCACUGUCCGGGCUGUUGUCAAGGGCAGGGACGCGAGGCCAGUGACGCAGGGACAUGGUGUCAGGGGGCGGUGGCCGGCACCAUCCUUGGCCCUGGCAGGCCUCGCUGGACCAGGGCUUUGCACACGCCCCCACCGCCCCGAAACGGAGCGUAGUGAGGCUGGUUCCGGGUCACGCGCUCUGCCUGCACGCAGAGCCAGAUCCCGCACGCGCAGGCGCGCUGCAAGGUGAAGUGGAGAAGGGCUCGCCCCCUACACCAUCUGUGCUCGUGCGCCGUCGUACUAGAUGCCGAGGCGGGGGCGGUGAAAACGUACCUGGUGCACAUAACGCCCGUGUUACGACGGGUGAUGUGAUUUUUUUCCCCCAAAAUGGUAAAGAACUUUCGGUAAAAUUCCGCACAAGCGAGACACCCGUGGUUCACAAGGUGGUGGCGUCCCUGCCAAGUGUGGUGUGCACGUGGGACACACACGCUGCGCAGGACAGGUCAGGAUCUCCGCUCAGAGUGAGGGCCACGGGAACUUCACCUGUGCAAACACCUGGCCAAGUGUUGGAGCUGUUUUCAGGACUCGGGAUGAUUCCCUGUGCUGCACACUGAUCACGUGCAUGGCAGUUCAGCCGGAGUCCCUGGCCUCUGCCUCCUGAGCUUGUGACAGCAAGACAUGUCCCCACGGUCUCUAAACGUCUCCCUGGAGGGACCCUCGGUCGCUCUUGCUCCCGGUGCAGCUGUGGUACAUCUGGCAGCGAUGUGAGCCCCUUUACUUCCUGGAACGAUGCCUGGUGUAGAGUAGGAAUGUAAACGGUAAUUUGUGUCAGGUGAACUGCCACUCCGCUCAGAGACCCCAGUAAAACAAUAGAAAAGACAGUCUUAAAAACCUGUGACUCCGUCAGGUGAGAGAGGCUGGCAGGUUGGGAAGCAGGUACCACUGCCAGGAUGAAGUGCAGAAGCCCGAAAGAGGCUGUGAGGCGCCGGCAGGGCCCCCGGGCCCCUCUGAGCUCAGCGCCGGAAGGCAGGGCUAAAAAUGGGGGGCAGCUGGGGAGGGGCACCGGAGGUCUGCUCCCAGCGAGGCUCAGGCGUGGUGGAGGGCUGGCCAGCCCUGCCUCUGGUGCUCAGGCGGUGUUCCCGUGCUGCCCCGAGGCGGCAGCCAGUUCUCUGCUGGGACAGUCCCAAGUUCAGGCGGAAGGACCUGUACGCCCCCCGAGGCUCCAGGCAGCUCUGCCGGGAGCCCCGGUUCAGUAGAGUCACCAAGCAUCCUGCAGCUUCUUAGGGUCUCUUGGGUGGACAUCCAGGCGCUGCCCCACUGUGAGGAAAGACAAUCUACUAAGUAGCAGUGUUACCUGAGGUGCAGAGAUACUGGCUCCAAGAACUAGGAACACGGUGUUAUUCGAAAGGAGCGUUCAGAGGGCCAGAAAGAGCGUUUAGAAGUUUAGAGAGAGUAGCAGAUGGAAAAGCAAACGGGCGCAGCCACUCUGGAAAACAGUGUGGAGGUUCCUCAAAAAAUUAAAAACAGAACUGCUGUACGACCCAGCAAUUGCACUACUAGGUGUUUAUCCAAGGGGUAAAUGAGUCAUGAUCUCGCUCUUGAUGAGUUUGAACCCUGCAUGGGGCUCUGUGCUGACACUGCGGAGCCUGCUUGGGAUCCAUUCUCUCUCUCUCUCUGUCUCUGUCUCUGCCCCUUCCCCACUUGCAUUGUCUGUGUCUCUCUCAAAAUAAAUAAACUAAAUAAAUAAGAAGGAUCGUGAAUCAGAACAGCACCUGUCUCCCCUGGGUGCCUCUGGCCACCUGCCCCUGGCCCCUCCUGGCCUCCCAGUGCCCUGUUGUCCAUCCAGAGAGUGUUCGUAAGUCCUUGGGCCUGAGACCUGCCCAGGAUGACUCCUCCAUGUGUUUGAGCUUCGUGCGUUGAGCGCAUGCACUGGGGUGGCUGGGACCCAGCCCGUGAGAGGCCCGGUCGCCCCCGGUGCCCUCGGGCAGCUGUUCCUGCCCCUGCUAGCUGAUUCUGUUCUCAGUGGUUGUGCCUGUGCCGUACAAGCCACUCAGCAUUUUGAAUGAAGCCUCUGGUUAUCAUGUUUUCCAAGAGACGUUCGGUAUUUAUGGACUGAGGGGCUGAAGUAGGGGGAGGAGGAUUGAAAUUCUCCAGCAACAGAUCUGGAGACCUGAGACAUGUCCGAGCCGACUCAGCACUGAAGUCUGGUUGGUUCCGGCACAGGUUUACAGCAGGGAGAUCCUGCCUUUCUCUUUGUACUCUCGUCUGUGUUUUCUAAGACUCUAAAAAGUACACUGUAAGUUUCUGUCCGGAUUUGGGAGGUGGGGAUGUGGGGCAGGGCAGUCACGAAGCUGUCUGCUUUCCGCAGGCCCCUCGCACGGGCUGCCCGGUCUUCCUUGGGGAUGGGAGGGCAUGGCUCCGAGCCGUCCCCGGGCUCUCCUGUGUGGCCUUCCCCGAGAACCCUGUGCUCUGGGAGCCCUCUGACCUAAGCUGGGUGGGCUGUGCAGCAGGAGGGGCCGGGAGCAGAGCGGACCCUCCCUCGGUCUGGCUCCCAGCUCCGAGUGCCCAUCUGCGCGGGUCCCGCUGUGCACACGGCCGGGCCUUCAGUGGAGCUGCUGGUGAGCAGGGACUGGAGACCGCCGUGGAUGCGCUGCCGCAGUGGGUCGGGUGGAGCGCAGGCGGACAGGUCGGCGUGGUGCCGGGCUGCGCACGGCGCGGUCCGCGUUGAUGUCGUCUCCGGGGCCUUUCCUGGGCGCGCCCUCCUCCCUGCAGCUCCCAGCUGGGCUUCCGGGAGUUGCCUCGGGGGGACUUGGCGUCAGGGCGGCCCCUUUCCUGGGAGCCUCAGAGACGUCCUGGGCGGUGUCCAGUCCCCGAGGCCCAAGCCUGCCGGGCUGAUCUCCACCCGGAGGAGAUGUUGCCCAGAGGAUGGGCGUCCACACCAACAACCUUUCUGGUCAUCUCUGUUUCCCACAUUAUCCUCCUGUGGUCCAUCUCACAGCAGCUGUAGAGCCAGAACCAAAAGGAGGUGAGUUUCGGGUCAAAUCUGUGCUGCUUUUUUGACUGAAUUACAGGAGCUUCCUCUGAGGGUCAGGGGAAGGGCAGGUGUCGAGGAAAGACAGUGGGACAGGCCUGAGUUUGCUUCUUCCGAGAAGUGUUUCUGUCACUUGAGAACGUGUACAAGACAGUCUUCUCCCUUUUCUGUGUGUUGUGGUAAAGCGUACGUAGUCGAAGUUUCUAGAAGCACAGUUCAGUGGCAGGAGGCACAUCCCUGCUGUUUGGGACCACGACCGCCGCCCAUCCGCACAGCUCUCCCACGGCCCCAAACGGAAGCUCUGUGCCCACCCCUCCCCUGCCCCUGGGGACCACCGUCUCCUUCUGUCCCCAGGGGCACCCGCACUGUCUUCCCAUGACAGGAGUUAUGUCACUGACCACAGCAUCCUUGAGGUCCAUCCGCGUCCGAGCACGUGUCGGAAUCUCCUUCCCUUUAAGGUACAGGACUAGUCCGCUGCGUGGACAGACCACGUUCUACCCAUCCGCCGAUGGGCCCAUGAGCUCCUCCCGCCUUUUGGCUGCUGUGAAUAGUGCUGCAGUGAGCGUGGGUGUGGAAAUACAUCCGUGUUUGAUUCCCUGCUUUUGUUUUUGGUUAUGCACCCAGAAGUGGAAUUUCUGCAUCAUAAAGUAAUUGUGUUUGAUUUUUUGAGGCAUCACCUGAGUGUUUUCCAUGUGCCUGCACCCCUUUCUGUUCCUCCUGGCCGUGCACAACGGUACAGUUUCUCCACAUCCUUACCAGUGCCUGUUAUUUUUUGUUUGUUCGUUUGUUUGUUUUUCUAUAACUGUCUGGUGCGCAGUGACAUCUCGUUGUGGUUUGAUUUGCAUUUUUCCUGAUGAUGGGUGCUGUUUUCGUGUGCUUAUUGGUCAUUUCUGUAUCUUCUUUGGAGAAAUGUCUACCCAAGUCUUUGGACCAUUUCUUAAUUGGAUUUUUUGUUGUUUUUUUCGUUGUCGUGUUUCCUUCUCUAUUCUGGAUAUCAGCCCCUCAUCAGAUACGUGACGUGCAAAUAUUUUCUCCCAUUUUGCGGAUUCCAUCUUCAUUCUGUCAAAUGUCUUUUGACGCAUGGGAGCCAGGUUUAGGGGCACACUUGGGAGUUCUCCAGGCAGAGGCACAGCGAGGGUAGAGGCACCGGUGCCGGAGUGGGUGUGCCAUAUGCACAGUGUGAGAACAGCACCUGCAUUAAAAAUGCCCAUUUUCAAGCCCUUUUGGAGGAAGUGUUAGGAAAAGACAAGAAACCUGUGAGAUAUUUAAGGGUUAAAGAGGUGGAGGGAAGACAGAGCUUGUGCAAAGUUUCCAGAUGGCCCACAAAGCACUAGAAGAUGUUACAUGUAAGCUAAGUGUCCCUGCUCCUGCCGACUUCUCUUUACAUGAAAGCGUGAAAAAAUAAAAACUAAAGAUAUGGCAAGCAUAGGUCUUUCAGAAGGCUCUCCAGGGAAAUGGCAUUUUAGGAAUUACUUUACCCUUAAUAAUGCUCCCAGCAUGCUCCAGUUGCCAGUACCUGGGGACUGUAGUGAGCCCAAGGACCCAGAAGCACACCGAGCCUUCGGGAGGUCGACGACAGGACCUACAGGAAGUAGGCAUCGACUAUAAGACGACCACUAUCCUGCUGGAUGGACGGCGGGUCAAGCUGGAACUCUGGGACACGUCGGGCCAGGGCAGGUUCUGCACCAUCUUCAGGUCCUACUCCAGGGGCGCGCAGGGGAUCCUCCUGGUGUAUGACAUCACCAACCGCUGGUCCUUUGAUGGCAUCGACCGGUGGAUCAAGGAGAUUGAUGAGCAUGCACCCGGGGUCCCCCGGAUCCUGGUUGGGAACCGGCUACACCUGGCCUUCAAGCGGCAAGUUCCAACAGAGCAGGCACGCGCCUACGCAGAGAAGAAUGGCAUGACUUUCUUUGAGGUCAGCCCUCUGUGCAACUUCAAUGUCAUUGAGUCCUUCACGGAGCUGUCCCGCAUCGUGCUUAUGAGGCACGGCAUGGAGAAGAUCUGGAGGCCCAACCGAGUGUUCAGCCUGCAGGACCUGUGCUGCCGGGCCAUCGUCUCCUGCACCCCGGUGCACCUCAUCGACAAGCUCCCGCUGCCGGUCACCAUCAAGAGCCAUCUCAAGUCCUUCUCGAUGGCCAACGGCAUGAACGCCGUCAUGAUGCACGGGCGCUCCUACUCGCUGGCCAGUGGGGCAGGCGGGGGCAGCAGCAAGGGCAACAGUCUCAAGAGGUCCAAGUCCAUCCGCCCCCCGCAGAGCCCGCCCCAGAACUGCUCAAGGAGCAACUGCAAGAUCUCCUAGCAGGACGGGCCGGGUGCCACCCCGUCCAGUUCGCUCCGGGAGGGCUCACGCUUGGGGAGCGUCUCUGGCCGGGCGCUGGGCCUGGCGCUGUGUGCAGGGAAGGCUUUGACCUCACCGCCUCCUGGGAAGCGUGGGGGCUCACUGCGCGGGCAGUGGUCUGGGCCAGAGAAGCUCCGCGGGACCGGAGAGAGCUGCGGGGAUCUUGGCGGAACAAGCCCGGGACCCUGCAGUGCCAUGCGGCUGGGGAGUGCCCAGGAGGCAGCUCCGCCCGGCCCGGCCUCAAGGGGGCGGUCCUUGGGGACCCAGGAGGCCUGGCUCCCUUUCUUAUUUAUGUGGAAGAUGUUCACCUUUCUGUACAUUUUUAAAGGACGGGCAGGGAGGCCUUUGGUGCAGCCACACGUGAGCCCCUGUCAGCUGUGGGGUCAAGCUUCGGGACCUUGGGAGAGGGAGGGGAUUUGAGGCAAAGACGAGGAGGAACCCCCAAGGCUUCACCCUUUGAGUUCAGACACUUCACGUGGGGUGUGGGCUGUGCAGAGACCAUAGGGGACAGGUGGGAGCUUUGGGCAGGGCUCUAGGGCCCGUGGCUGCCUCCGCCAGCCUGAGUACGGGGCUCCUUGUGCCCCCCCAAGGGGCUGGGCAGCCCGCAUGGCUCCGGCGGUCUGAAUGGUGCGGCCACACCUUCCUGGGUGACAUCCUGCGUGUCUCAGAUGGGCUCAGAGCUGGGGGCAAUUUCCUAGGUUCCCCAGGGGAAUGUUGGGGCUUCUCAGAGGGGAUAGUGGGAUGCACUCCCCCCGUGUCCCUCCACACGUGGGGGGAAAAAGCCUCCCCCUUGACUCUGCACCUUUCCUUCCGGUCAUAUCUCUGUCUAUUGCUCCAUGAAACCGGCUCAGCAUCUCCCGUGAGAAGACGCCGAGAUCCUCAGGGGGGCUGCCAGGUGAUCUGCGGGUCUGGACAGACCUGCCUGUUUGUCUCCUGGGGCACCUGGCCUCCACUCUUGCCACCUUCCGUCUGCUGGCCUCGGGUGUGACCCCACAGCUGCUCCUGGCCUGGCGUCACCCCUCGGGGUCACACAUCACCAGAACCAUUCUGACCCAGAUUUUCUUAGUGAUGCUGCCUGGAGUGGUGCCGGCAGCAGAGACACCGAGCCUCUCCUGGAGAACCCGCCAGCCAGCCUCCUCCUGCCACCUGGUUGGUGACAUGGCCACCGGGUCACACUGGUGCUCAGCUCUACCUCCUACUCACGGCCCCAUCCUGGGCUCUGGGACUCUCCUGUCCUGGGUGUCUGGGAGGCAGGGUGGGGGCCGUGGCCCGGGUGUGCAGGGGCACCCAGGGUCCCCGUGUGAGGCCUGGCCUCAGCAGGGUCAGGCAGAGGAGGCCACACCCAUCCUGUCUUGCCUGUCAGGCCCCUUUCUUCGGACUUUGAACCCCGUCACACAGACUGAGUUUUGAGGACGUGGACAGUCCUACGUUCACCUUAUCAACACUACUUUUCGCUGCUGACACACCAUUCCUGUGCUCAUUUUGGACGGUUUUUGUUUCUUUGUACAGUAAACCUAAUUCAGCUCUGAUUUUCAGGCUGCGUUUUGUAGAAAUUAAAGCCUCUGGUUUUAACUGGCCAA